AUGGAAGAAUUAAAAUCUGAGACUAAAAAGAGGGUGCUUCCUGCGUGGAUGACAGCCGAGGUGGCUGAAAAGAGGAUGGUGCAGGUGAAGACCCCCAAGAGGAGGAGAACAGCCACGAUGCCGGCGGCUGCAGCAAGACUUCCUGCCACGAGGACUGUGUACUGCAUGAGUGAAGUUGAAAUCGUAGACGUUGCUCUGGGGAUCCUGAUUGAGGAGCACAUCCGGCGCACCAACGUGCUGACCCGGUGCGGAGGCAGACCUGAGCUUCAGGAGAGGCGCACACACAGACGGAUGUCGUUAGCGCUCCGCGCGGAUCUUCCACGUCAGAAGCCAGAGACGCCACAGCAGGCGCGGCCUCGCACAGCUGCGCCGGGACAGUCUGGGGGCAGGAACGGUGCCUUCCUCCGCGGGAAGGACGGCAGAGCCACAGUUCCCGGGGGCCAAGUCUUCCUCCCACACUCACUUCGCGACACGGCGGGGGAGGGAGCCGCGCAUUUUCUGAGGCGCGCGCGUUUCCCGCAGGAACUUUUCCUCUCGGCACUUCACUGCCCCGCGUCGGCCUCCUCGCCCUCGCCCCCAGUCCCCCGGCCAGGCCACUCGUCCCUUCCGUGCCGGCAGCUGCCGUCCUGCCCGUGACACCUACCGCCCCGCGACUGGAGGGAAAGCGGCUGCAGUUUAGCGGCCGCACUUUAGCGGCCGCAGCCACGCCUUUCCACUCGAGGCGCAGCACUCGUUACCAGGGCAACGGGGUCACCCUCGCGAGACUUCGGACAGCCCUAGCUAACGCGGGAUUUCGGCUGAAGGAACGGGAGAGCCGGGAGGAUGACGGGAACUAGGGGCGGAGGAAUAGGCGUCAAAGGGCAUCCCCAGCUGCCGGAAGGCAGGGAGCCGGGAGUUGGCGGGAAAGUUUAGGGGUGGCGGCAGGACAGCUGUUUGAUCCCAAGGUUCUGCACGAAGGUUGUUUGCUAUGUCUGUCCAUUCUUCGAGCAGGCAGUAGAGGAGACUGGUUAAGACUUGUGCUUUGUUGAUCUUUAUUUGUAUCCACACCGAGUUGCGUUUUGCACAGUUGUGACCAGUGAUCUUUAUUGGAUUAGGAAAAUGAGACUUUUUUCUUUAAAUAUUUGAUGGAAGAGUCAUAGAUAUCCUAGGGUGAACUUUUGAGAUUCUUAUCAGCCCAGAGAUUCUUUAAGUAUAAUAAUCGUUAGCUAACAUAUCUAGAAUAUCUUCGGGGACACUAUGUGAAUCACUUUACAUGUAUUGUCUCAUCUAAUUAAAUAUGA